AUGGCGGAUGUCUCGCGAGACAGUGAGAGCGAAAAUGCUCCUCCAAAGGAUCAGCAGCACCCAGUCCGGUGGUACCGGUCAACCUUCUACAACAUGACCAUCCUCGGGCUCUGCAACCUCGCGGCCCCGGGUAUCUGGGGCGCCAUGAACUCGCUCGGGGCCGGCGGCGCCGCGAGCCCGCGCCUGGUCAACGCCGCCAACGCGCUGACCUUCUGCCUCAUGGUCGUCUCGUGCUACUUUUCCAGCGCCCUCGUGCACUACAUCGGCAUUAAGGGGGCGCUCAUCUUCGGGACAAUCGGGUACGCGCCCUACGCGGCGGGCCUCUACACCAACAACCGGUUCGGGACCGAGUGGCUGACGCUGUUCGGCGCGGCACUGUGCGGCAUCUCGGCCGGCGUCUUCUGGAUGGCCGAGGCGGCCAUCGCCAUCGCCUACCCGGAGCCGUGGAACCGGGGCAAGGCGCUGGGCUACUGGCUGACCUACCGCCUGAGCGGCCAGAUCCUGGGCGGCGCCAUCAACCUCGGCCUCAACGCGGACCGCAACGAGGCCGGCAAGGUCUCGUACGCCGUCUUCCUCGUCUUCAUCGCCAUCCAGGCCGCCGGGCCCCUCGUCGGCCUGCUGCUCAACAGCCCCUCCAGGGUCGAGAGGAGGGACGGCAAGAAGGUCAGCCUCUCGAUCGUGCAGAACCCGUGGUGGGAGAUCAAGGAGACCACCAAGCUCUUCUUCGGCAGGAACUUCCUCCUCCUCGUCCUCUUCAUCGGACAGGCCGUCUUCGCCGAGGCCGUCUUCUUCACCUACCUCGCACUCUGGUUUAGCGUCCGAUCCCGGGCGCUGGGUUCGUUCUUGUCCGGCAUCGUGGCUGUCAUCGCGGGCAACAUCCUGGGUCACUGGCUCGACCGGACCAAGAUCUCGCUCAAGAUCAGGACCCGGUCGUCGUUCGCCGCCAUCGUGAUCCUCCAGGGCGCCUGGUGGAUAUGGGCCACCGUGCUGGUAACCCGCUUCCACCGCACGAGGCCGACGUACGACUGGUCCGAUUCGGGCUUCGGCGCCGCCUUUGGCGUCUUUGUCUUUUUGACGCUCGGCUUCCAGCUCAACUAUCUGUUCCUAUACUUCAUCAUCCACAACCUCGCGCGCGACGAGGCCGAAGUGAUCCGCUACGCCGCCCUGCUCCGCGGGACCGAGUCGGCCUGGCAGGCGCUGAGCUACGGCCUCGAAUCCAUCGCCAUCUUCGGCGAGGUCGGCGGCGUCUACCUCAACUUUGGCCUCUGGGCCGCGGCCAUCCUGCCCGCCUGGCUCGUCCUGCGCCACUUUGGCGCCCGCAAGGACGGCGCUAUUAUUAUCAGCGGCGGCGAAGGCGGCAGCGGAGGAAAGGUCGUUACGGGGCUCCGGGGGCCGACCGCCGAGAGCGGAAGCGGCAGCACCCCGGACGCGCCGAGCCCGGCGGAGGAGACUGAAGCGGACAAGAAAGGGUGGUAA